AUGAACGACCGUUUCACGAAUCUCUUCAGCCGGAAAAGCUACGUGGAAGUCCGACGUCACAAGAAGUGCACGUGGGUGCAUCACGUGGACGCGGUCUCAUCUCUGGCCUUGUCGCAAGACGGCUCUCUGCUUUACUCUGCUUCGUGGGACCGGAGUUUCAAGAUAUGGAGAACCUCCGAUUUCAAAUGCUUAGAGUCUAUGGAAAAGGCACACGACGACGCGGUUAACGCCAUCGCGGUGUCUCUAGACGGGUUUGUUUACACGGGAUCGGCAGAUAAGAAGAUCAAAGUGUGGAACAAGAAGGACAAGAGUCACUCUCUGGUUGCUACUCUUACGAAACAUCUCUCGGCAGUGAACGCGUUAGCGGUUAGUAAAGACGGUAAGGUUCUUUACUCAGGAGCGUGUGAUAGAUCGAUUCUUGUGUGGGAGAGAGUAAGCAACGGAGAUGAUGAGGAAGUACAUAUGUCUGUGGUAGGAGCUUUAAGGGGACACACGAAAGCGAUUCUUUGUUUAGGGGUUGCGUCUGAUUUGGUGUUGAGUGGAUCAGCAGACAAGAGCUUGAGGGUUUGGAAGAGAGGAUUAAUGGAGAAAGAUGGUUAUUCUUGUUUAGCGGUUUUGGAAGGACAUACCAAGCCUGUAAAGUGUUUGGCCGUCUCGGUUUCUAAUUCUGAUUCUGACUCUGAUUCCGGUUAUUCUUGUAUUGUUUAUAGUGGGAGUCUUGAUCUUUCUGUUAAGGUUUGGAACUUAAGGGUCUCAUCUGUUUAA